GCAAAAAUGAAACUGACAAGCAUAAACAAAGUCAGAGAGAAAACUUCUUAAGCAUAAGCAGGAUGAAAAGAAUUGUUAUAAACAAAGAUAUACUGCAAAAAUUAUGCAAAUCUCUACCGUCACCUGGCGAAAGUUCUAGAGACAACACAGGACAAAGUUUUUUUAAAACAAAUUCAACUCCAACAGAUUUUAUAGUACAUGGGAGUGAUGGCAAAAAAGCUGUGGAAGAGUGGGAUAAAUUAUGUGCGAGUCAGACAUUGGGAUCAUCGUGCACAAUUACAAAACCAAAACAACAAAAAAACCCUAUUAUUUCAUCAGAAAAAGGUCAGACAUUGGGAUCAUCAGGUAACAUAACGAAAUCAAAAUUUCAACCGCCACAAAAACAACAACAAAAAAACACCAUCAGUUUAACAGAAAAGGGGUCUAGGUGGCAAGAGGGUGACUUACUGAUCCUGAUGAAGGAGAUAUCAGUAAGAAACCCCUUUUAAACAAAGAAAGGAUCAACGCAAAGAAGAAUGGCAUGGCA